UGUACUCAAGUAGCGUCAUCAAGUGUAGCUUUACGCACUAGACUCGCUACUAUUGGAUAUCGCCAGCCUGUAUAGACAUUGCGCAAACACUGAAAGUCACAGUUACUAAACUGAACAGGUCAGUCACGGGACUAGGUAAGCAUCGAUAACCGACUGAACAUAACAGCAGAGAACAUACGUUCAUCAUGCCAGUGUACAAACUUCACUACUUUAAUGUACGAGGUCGUGCAGAACUAAGCAGACUUUGUUUUGCUGCUGCUGGGGUUGAUUAUGAAGACUUGAGGCAUACGCCAGAAGAAUGGCAGCAGAUGAAGAAAGAUAACGUGACGCCAUUGGGUCAACUGCCAAUGAUGGAAGUGGACGAUGAAAAGUUUUCUCAAUCGAUGACCAUAUUUAGAUAUGUAGCAAGACAAACAGGUCUCUGUCCCACGGACAGCCUUCAAAUUGCCAAAUGUGACAUGAUCGUUGAUACAGAGAACGACCUUGCAGCUAAACGCAUCAAGUACUAUUACGAAAAAGACGAGAAACUGAAGGAAAUCUACAAAGGAGAGUAUUUUCAAACGUACUUGCCUGAAUUUGUGUCCAAGAUAACAGGUUUGCUCAAGAAAAACAACGAUGGAAAAGGAUUCUUCAUAGGAGAUAAGAUGACGUAUGCAGAUAUCGCAGUGUUUAACGUCUGUGAUACAUACUACUCGUACAUCACUGACUAUCCGGAGUUGAAGGCACAUCAUGAACGAGUUGGUAAAGUACCUGGGAUAAAGGCAUGGUUGGAAAAGAGACCCAAAACAGACCUAUGAUAUAUGCCUAUACUUGUGUGUAUAGGAUCUAUGGAUGUGUAACAAUUGAUUGCAAAUGAAAAUAAAAUCACAUUCAACUCACA